AUGGGGCAGAUGAGCGCGAAGCUAACAGCCAUCUCAUUUCAGGUCAUAAAAGCCCUCUACGACUACGAGCCCGCCGACCCGAGCCCAACCUCUGGCUUCCUAGCCUUUUCACAGGGCGACUUUCUACACGUCGUCGGCCGCGAAGACGACAGCGAGUGGUACGAGGCCUGCAAUCCGCUGCACGGCACGCGUGGACUGGUACCCGUUUCCUACUUUGAGGGCGUAGGCAAGACAGUGCGCGAUAGUGGUGGCUCUGCGCCGCGCUCCUCCACACCCCAGCACCCACAGCAACAACAACCCCACGACUCGGGCUACCAAGAACGCAUCACGAGCCCCCAACCCUCGGCCCACGACAUCAUGACACAGCAAAUGCGCAUGUCGCGCGGAGGAGGGCGUGGCGCCAUGGUCUACGGCAUCGUCAUCUACGACUUCAAGGCAGAGAGACCGGACGAGUUGGAGGCCAAGGAGGGUGAGGCCAUUAUCGUCAUUGCACAGUCCAACCCCGAAUGGUUUGUUGCAAAGCCGAUAACGCGACUCGGCGGUCCUGGUCUCAUACCCGUAUCCUUCAUCGAGAUCCGCGACAUGACGACUGGUCAGGCAGUCGCCGACACACAGGCAGCAGUCACGGCCGCGGGCGUGCCCAAGGUCGAAGAGUGGAAAAAGAUGGCGGCAGACUACAAGAAUGGCAGCAUACCGCUCGGAAAGCUCGAGACAAAUUCAGGGCAGUCGCUGCAACAGGGCAUGGAGCGCAUGAGCAUCAGGAGCAACGGCGGGCACAACAAGGCCGGCUCGGUCUCUCACUCACGCAACGGUUCCAUGGCGCAACCACAAAACCAAUACCGCACAUCUGACAAUUUGCUCGCCCCCAUCAAGGCGUGCGUGCCACGCUACUGCUUCGCCGACGACAUAUUCUGGUUCAUUAUUGAGUGCCAGAUGGAGGACGGGCGACACUGGGAGUUGCAGCGACUGUACCAGGACUUUUACGACCUGCAGAUACAACUGAUAGCAACAUAUCCAGUCGAGGCUGGCACAAGCGGUUCAGGCGAGCGAACGCUACCCUUCAUGCCUGGGCCCGUUACCUACGUAACCGAUAACAUCUCCAACGGGCGCCGCGCCAACCUUGACGAAUACAUCAAGAACCUCCUAAAACUAGGACCACACAUCACACAAGGUCACCUCGUCAAAGGUUUCUUCGCACCAAGACAGGGCGAUUACGAGAUAGACCCCGAUAUUGUUGCUGCAGAAGAGUACCGCCUGUCGCAACAGUCACACCAGUCAUCAAACCCAUCACAAGGAACGAGUAGACAAUCAUCCGCAGAUCAACUUCAGGCCACAACACCUGUCACACCUUACUCAACUGGCUCCAACUACCCCUCUCACCAGCGCGGCCAGUCAACAGCCUCACAAGCAUACUCGUCAAACCUCAACCCACCGCCCAUGAUCCACAACCAUUCCUCUACUUCCACAGCCACCAGCACAGGCACAUCUUCUGCCCUUAAGAUCAAAGUUUGGUUCGAAGAAGACAACUGCGUCGUCAUCCGUAUGCCUAUUUCGCUCAAGUUCAUCGACCUGUACAAUAAGCUUGUUGAGAGAAGGAAAAUGGAGCGCCCGGGCGAGGAAGAGGAAGAGUUGAUUGUCGAAUACAAGGACGAGCAGGACAACUACUUUUACCCCAUCGAGAACGACGAGGAUCUCCAGAUCGCAGUUGAGAGGAAUCCCAAGUUGACGCUCAGUGUUACGACGAGGCGGUAA